CUUUUCCUUCCGCCUUCCACUCCCCCUCAGAUAUCUCUCUGCUCUCUUUCACCUCUCUAUCCCUCUCACUCUGCACUCUAUCUCUCCCUUUCUGAAAGCUUUAGUAGGUAUCUGGGACCUUGGGUGAUGGCUGCAGUUCUACUAGGGAUGCCAGGACCAUGGGCCGAUGAUUAUCGUGAACAAUCUGAUCAUUAUACAACAAAAAUUGGUGGACUACCUGACUGGCCUCUUCCUGAGAAAUCCGUGACACCUGAUCUACUUGAGUGUAGUGCAUGUGGAAGUAAACUAAGUCUUUUUGCUCAGGUUUAUGCCCCAAUUUCAAGUAAAAACUUAAAGAUUGAAGAGCGUGUUCUUUUUGUUUUUGGUUGUCUAAUGCCAAAAUGUGGGAGCACUCCUCUUAGCUGGCGAGCUCUUCGUGUUCAAAAAUUACACAAUAAGGAGGAACCAAUUGCUGCUUCUCAGGAGGUGGUCCCUUCAACUUCAUCAGUAUCAGCUUUAAACACCAGCUGGUGGGAGGAUUGGGAUGAUGAAGAUGUAGAUCUGGAGGAGUUGGGUAAAGCACUUAAUGCCGCUGCGAGCUUGGCUUCUCAUGCCAAGAAACCGCAUAGGAAGGAUAAUCGUAAGACUUCUACAAUGCAAUCACCUUCAAGUCAGUUGGAAAAAGUGGUAGACGUUAACAAACCUGUGGUGCCUUGUUUUUAUAUAUACACUCAAGAAGAGCCAUCCUCAAAGAAUCUUACUUCUUUAUGUUCAAAAUACACAUCACUUUCCAUUGCAAAAGAAGGAAAUAAUGACGAGGAUCAUGUACAAGAUGAAAAGUGGGCAGAGGAAGCAUAUGAAUAUGAUAAAGCUUUGACUGCUGACAGGACAUACCUUAAGUUCAAGAAACGGUUGGAUGCAUAUCCAGAACAAUGUUUCAGAUAUUCAUAUGGCGGAAAGCCACUCCUGGCUUCAUCAGCUGAAGGAGACCCUGGGAAAUGCAGGCUGUGUGGUGGAUCAAGGCAGUAUGAAAUGCAGCUAAUGCCCCCGGUAUUAUACUUUGUACAAGAAGCAGCUGAUGAUUGUCUGAGACCGUCAUUGGAGAACUGGAAUUGGAUGACACUUAUGGUAUAUACUUGUUCCAAGAGCUGUUCACAACAUGAUGAAGGAAAGUCCAGCAAGGGGAACUGGCUUGUGACAGAGGAAGCUGUUGUGGUGCAAGUAGAGAAAUCUUUUCAUGGGUUAGCCGAACGUGGCUAUUUGUCAUAAUCGGUGCAGUUUCUUCUAGGAAAGAAGGAAAGAACAGUACAUUUUUUAUGCCAGUGAAACAUUGUAGCUCUUCAAAGUUAGUAUACAUAUAACAGGGCGUAAGAGGCUUUGUUUCCUGGUUAUUGAUGGUGGUUUCGCUGUAGAAUUGACACAGUAUGAGUUCUGGUGGUUGUGGUAAUGUUUGAAGAAUUUAAAUUGCAUCAUCAAUUAUGCUGAAAGGAAAAAUCAUUGUCCAUUGGAAAGGAGGUCUUGAGACUGCUGUGGUGCAUAUGGUUUGUUGGGGAACAGUUAACCUUUGUCGUUUGAGUGUAUGAUGCAUAUACAGGGUUUAUAUUGAUUUUUGUUGCCA